AUGUCUUCUCUCAACUGCUUUAAGCGGCAAAUUACAGACUUGCAUCGUCCUGGUGGAGUGCGGCGUGAACCUCCUUGGGACGGAGUCAGUCUUGCGCAGUCGGAGACGGUCGGACAGGAGACCCUUGAACGGAAUACCGAUAAAGUUCCCGUAUCGGAAGCAGGAGGUCAAUCUAAAUUCAAUGGCGUCCAGUGCGAUUCUUUGCGCCCCGCUUCCUCUUCAGCUAUACACGCGCUCAAGACAAACUCCCUCUCCAGCAGAUAUCGCAUGAAACUCCGCAACGCCGGCGGCGCCUACAUCUCCAACUCCUCGCCCAUGUCCACUUUUCGAACCUGUGUUAAGGGCAACUCAGAACGUUCGGCUAGUCAGGUUAGAAAGAGGGGUAGCAAAAAACAGUUUCACGCCAGGGAGCUCUCUUCGUCGCAACAAACAACUACAUCACCAGCAGAGGAUUACGAUGCCUGUGACCAGCAGGUUGAUCAG